AUGAUAUGCGACUUUUCUGUACAAAAGAUUGCAGAAUUACAAGAAAUUAACACAAUGCAAUCGAAAAUUACCAUCGGAAUUAUCUACCUUACACUCGUACUGAAUUAUUCCAACUGGCUUGCUACUCAUUGGUCAUCGUUUGAAGAAUUUUUGAAUGAAAAUAUUUCAGUCGAAGGAAAUGAGACUCUACUGAUAAUCUUUUGCAAUAUAAUACGAGAAAUGCCGGUCUUUUUCGGAUUCAGCAUUAUUAAUUUCGAACAUUUGAUUGAAAUCAUCCAACCAUUGAUCAUUUCUUCAAAUCCAGACCUCAGAUUCACAGCCAUACAAGCCUUGAUUCGUUUGCAUGAUGUUAUUCAGGUAACAAUCACUGGAAUAAUCUUACCUAUCCUUCAACUCGCUCCAGAGAUCUCAGAUGACAUCAUCAGCCAAUGCCUUUACGCAGUAUUCAAAACUCUUCGUACAGAAUACACUUUUUCAGAGGAAACCGCCUGGGAAGUUGCAAAUUUUGUUGUUCCUCUGUUUACAGAUGAUGAUUUAGAUGUUGUUGACGGAACAUUAUACAUUGCCAUUGAAUUGCAAUGCCUUAGCGCUGUAAUUCGUGAUGAAAUGAAAGAUAUAACAAUUGCAGGUAUCGAAAGGUUGUUAAAUUCAGAAGAUAUUGCAUUGAUCGCUAACGGUAUUGUUCAUUUAGCCGAUCUUCUUGAAGUAUACCCCGACGAAGCCGUUCAAACAGCGAAUGAAUACUCUGAAUUGAUAGAAAGGACAAUUUUCGAUAGCGAACACCUCUAUAAUGCCCAGAUAUCCAUUGUUGCUGCUGCAAGACUUGCAUCCAAUUGCCAGUUCUCUUUCACACAGAGAAUUAUUGAAGUUGGAGUGGAAUAUCUCAACAGUACUGAGCCAUGCCUUGUAGCAACAGGUGCUGAUAUAUUCCAGGUCAUUUGUCCGCACUUGGAUCCUGCUGCUGCCCAUCAAAUUAUUUCAAAUAUGUUCGACAUCGCGAAAACAUGCACAGACAUACCAACUGUUGCCAAAACACUAUUGAAUGUUGGCAGGAUAUUCUUCGGUUUCGGCAAAAACAUGCCAGAAGAUAUCAAACAGCUUGGAAUUGACGCGAUGAUUGAUUAUAUUUCCGGAAAUUUCGAAGUGCUCGGUGGAGUUCCCCCUGAAACAACCGAUAUUUCGGUCCAGCUCAUGGUCAUCAUGCUUAACCAGAUGAAAUUCUGCUUAACAAAGCCAGGUCCAGAAGUUCCUGAAAUAUUCCGCUUCACAAUGUCAUUGCUGAAGAUGGGCGACCUUAUAGAUGAAGGUGUUAAGUAUGUCUGUCUUCGAAUCUUAUGGGUAAUGAUAAGAUACGACAUCCUGGAGCCUGAUUACAUACAAAUGAUAACAGAUUUGACGAUUGAACAGUUCACAACUGAUCUUCCUAUUAUAUUCCUUAGAGAAGAAGCCCAUAUGAUCACUUUGUACAUAGUUAAGAAGCUGUUUACCAAAGAAUUUAUCGAAUCUAAACUUGAUACGAUAAAACAAUGGUGGAACUACAUAUAUAACAACAGACAGUCGACGCGACCAUUCGCUAUAUCGAUGGUACAGCUCAUCUGGGUGGCUGUUGGCCAGCUGUAG